AUGACGGUUGAAGUUAAGCCAAUCAUUACAUCCAUUUUGGAUACAGAUGCAUAUAAAUUACACAUGCAACAGGCCGUUUUUCACAUGUACCCUUCUGUGAAAGGCUCCUUUGAGUUUUAUUGCCGUAAUAAGGAUGAUCAUCUUGGUAACAUUGCAGAUGCUGUUAAGAAGCAGGUGGAACUUAUGCAAUAUAUUUCAUUAACAGAUGAAGAAUAUGAAUACUUGUCUUCAAAGCGAUACUUACGUAAAGACUAUCUUAAUUGGCUUCGUCAGUAUCGAUUUAAUCCACAGCAAGUCACUAUCCGAGCUCUUCCCAUCGCAACCAAUACAACCAAUGGGAAUAAAAGUGGUGAUAGUCAUAAUAAUAAUAAUAAUGAAACCAAUCUCAGCAUCUCUAUUGAAGGUCCCUGGGUGGAGACUAUACUUUGGGAGGUUCCAUUAUUGGCUAUUGUGAGUGAAGUGACGCAUCGUCUACGAACACCACAUAUUGGAGUAACAGAGGCCAUAUCGCAUCUCAACAAUAAACUUGAUAAUUUCUUCGCAAAUACACCUGAAGAGACGAUUGAGACCUUUCGUGUCUCUGAUUUUGGUACCAGACGACGUUACAGUUUUGAAGUACAGGAGGCGGUUGUAAAGACUCUUCAGUCACAUCCUAAGUUUGGUUCUUAUUUCUGCGGUACCAGUAAUUAUCUUCUAGCCAUGAAAUAUCAUCUUCAGGCGGUGGGUACACAAGCACAUGAGUGGUUUCAGGCCCAUCAACAACUCACACCUGUAUUACGAGACUCACAGCGAGUGGCACUCACACAGUGGCUUGUGGAAUAUCCGCAGGAUCUCCAUAUUGCCCUCACAGACUGUAUAUCAAUGGAUAUUUUCCUGAAGGAUUUCAGUAAAGAUCUCGCCGAUGCCUAUAAUGGACUCCGUCACGACUCGGGUGAUCCAUUUGAGUGGGGACGUAAAGCCAUUACACACUAUCAACAUCUUGGUAUUGAUACGAAAAGUAAAACCCUCGUCUUUUCAGACUCUUUAGAUCUUGAAAAGGCCGCCACUUUACAUCGCACCUUUGCUAAUAAAAUUCAAGUUCUCUGUGGGAUUGGCACCCAACUCACCUGUUCUAUUCCCGGAGUGCGUCCACUGAAUAUUGUAAUUAAAAUGACGGGAUGUGAAGGAAAGCCGGUGGCGAAGAUUUCAGAUGCGCCGGGGAAAAGUAUGGUCCACGACUGCAGUUUCGUGUCGGAACUCCAACGGGUGUUUGGACUCCCCACAGUCUCCUGCGCGGCGGCUGGGAAGAGUGAAGCCAUUCAUGGCGCCUAA